AGAAUGCUACCUUUAUUUCGUGCAAAAAUCAAUACAAAAUCUCGCAUAGACAAGGAAGCAUAGAGUUUAAGUCAGCUGACUUCAUUUUUAUCAUUGGUCUUGUGAUAAGUUGUCGAUCUCCGCCAUUCUCAGUCCGUCUAUUCCGUCUUUCUCCUCCUAUAAAAGAGUACUAACCCCUCAAAAUGGCGGCCAAAGGCGGUUUGAAGACGAUCGCCAAUGAAGAGAAUGAGGAGAGAUUCGGCUAUGUGUUUGCCGUCUCCGGACCUGUGGUGACUGCUGAGAAGAUGUCGGGGUCCGCUAUGUACGAGUUGGUGCGUGUGGGCUACAACGAGCUGGUCGGAGAGAUCAUCCGGUUGGAAGGGGACCUUGCCACCAUUCAGGUGUACGAAGAAACAUCAGGUGUCACAGUCGGUGACCCAGUACUCCGCACAGGCAAGCCGCUCUCCGUGGAGUUGGGUCCUGGCAUCCUGGGCUCCAUCUUUGAUGGCAUCCAGCGUCCGCUGAAGGACAUCAAUGAGCUCACACAGUCCAUUUACAUCCCUAAAGGUGUGAAUGUGCCGUGCUUGGCGCGCGAACACGAUUGGGAGUUCAACCCUUUGAAUAUUAAGGUCGGCUCGCACAUUACGGGCGGAGACCUGUACGGCAUCGUGCACGAGAACACCCUGGUCAAGCACAAGAUGCUGAUGCCGCCUCGCGCCAAGGGAACCGUUACGUAUGUCGCUCCUACCGGAAAUUACAAAGUUACCGACGUGGUGCUGGAAACCGAGUUCGACGGCACCAAGACUCAAUACACCAUGCUGCAAGUGUGGCCGGUGCGGCAGCCCAGGCCUGUGACAGAGAAGAUGCCCGCCAACCAUCCACUGCUUACAGGACAGCGCGUUCUGGAUUCUCUGUUCCCCUGCGUCCAAGGCGGCACCACGGCGAUCCCCGGCGCGUUCGGCUGCGGCAAGACGGUCAUCUCGCAGGCGCUGUCCAAGUACUCCAACUCCGACGUCAUCAUCUACGUGGGCUGCGGGGAGCGCGGUAACGAGAUGUCUGAAGUACUGCGUGACUUCCCCGAGUUGACAGUGGAAAUUGAUGGAGUCACAGAAUCUAUCAUGAAGCGUACGGCGUUGGUCGCCAACACAUCCAACAUGCCUGUAGCUGCCCGAGAAGCUUCCAUCUAUACAGGCAUCACGCUGUCGGAGUACUUCCGCGACAUGGGCUACAACGUGUCGAUGAUGGCGGACUCCACGUCGCGCUGGGCGGAGGCGCUGCGCGAGAUCUCGGGCCGCCUGGCCGAGAUGCCGGCGGACUCUGGCUACCCCGCCUACCUGGGCGCGCGCCUCGCCUCCUUCUACGAGCGCGCCGGCCGCGUGCAGUGCCUCGGGAACCCCGACCGGGAAGGCUCCGUAUCCAUCGUGGGCGCCGUGUCUCCCCCCGGCGGUGACUUCUCUGACCCCGUGACCUCCGCCACGCUGGGCAUCGUGCAGGUGUUCUGGGGGCUGGACAAGAAGCUGGCGCAGAGGAAGCACUUCCCGUCCAUCAACUGGCUGAUAUCCUACAGCAAGUACAUGCGCGCGCUUGACGACUUCUACGACAAGAACUACCCCGAAUUCGUGCCGCUCAGGACUAAGGUUAAGGAGAUCCUGCAGGAGGAGGAGGACCUCUCAGAAAUCGUCCAGCUGGUCGGCAAGGCUUCCCUGGCCGAGACAGACAAGAUCACGCUGGAGGUGGCUAAGUUACUGAAAGACGACUUCUUGCAACAGAACAGCUACUCGGCGUACGACCGCUUCUGCCCGUUCUACAAGACGGUGGGGAUGCUGCGCAACAUCAUCUCGUUCUACGACAUGUCGCGGCACGCCGUGGAGUCCACCGCGCAGUCCGACAACAAGGUCACCUGGAACGUCAUCCGCGACGCCAUGGGCAGCGUGCUCUACCAGCUCUCCUCCAUGAAGUUCAAGGACCCGGUGAAAGACGGCGAGGCCAAGAUCAAGGCGGACUUCGACCAACUGCUGGAAGACAUGUCGGCCGCGUUCCGCAACCUCGAAGAUUAAACAUAUUAAAAAAAAAAAAAUUAAAAAAAAAACACGCUGGCCCGACCGCGCGAA